ACUUUUCCUCUUUUCUCUCCUUUUGAGACUCAAAAUUGAACUGUGUUGCUUUCUCUGUUUUUGCUGCAUCAGAGAUUCUCUCCAACCCCUCCUUUCAAGUCAAAGAAGAAAGAAGAAAUUUUUAAAAAAAAUAAAAGGAAAAAAAAUAAAAGAAAAAGUUAGUUUGAAAUGGGAGAAGAGAGAAAGGAGGAGCCACAGCUCAUGGCAUAUAUUCCCUCCCCAAUACAACCCCACCUAUGUUUCCAGAUAUGGAGUGAGAUCAUAGGACAGCCCAACAACUCCAAAAUUAUAAAGAGAACUACAGCUGCCUCAUAGCUCAAGAAAAAAAAGGAAAAAAGAGGGGAUCAAAACCCACAUGAGUUUCACUUCUCUGCCUGUCUCUCUUACACAACACAGAAAAACAUGGGUCUGCAAAAUUUGCAAAAUCAAAACAUGAGUUUGGUUCUGUCAACUGAUGCAAAGCCUAGGCUGAAGUGGACUCCUGAACUUCAUCAAAGAUUUGUUGAAGCUGUCAAUCAACUUGGAGGGGCAGACAAAGCAACACCCAAGAGUCUGAUGAGGGUCAUGGGAAUUUCUGGACUCACUUUGUAUCAUCUUAAAAGCCAUUUACAGAAAUACAGGCUGGGGAAAAGCCAACAAACAGAAAUCUGCCUUAGCAAUAAACAAGAUGAUUACAGAGAGAUACAGAGCAGUAAUGGGGAUUUCCAUAGUGAUAUAAGUGAUGAAACUCACAAGCAGAUGAAUGAAAGCUUGCAGAUUGCUCAGGCUCUCCAAAUGCAGAUGGAGGUGCAGAGAAAACUUCAUGAACAGAUUGAGGUCCAGAGACAUUUACAGCUAAGAAUUGAAGCUCAAGGAAAGUACUUACAAUCAGUAUUAAAAAAAGCACAAGAAACACUGGCUGGGUAUAGCUCCUCUUCUGUUGGUGUGGAACUUGCUAAGGCUCAGCUCUCUCAACUAGUCUCACUGGUUAACACCGGCUGCACAAGUUCUUCAUUCUCAGAAUUGACAGAAGGAGGAGGUUCAAGCUUAAAAAUAGAAAGAAAGCCAAUGAGAGGUACUAUAUGUUCCAUGGAGAGCUCAUUGACGUCUUCUGAGAGCUCUGGCCGAAAGGAUGAGGAGCCACCAAAAAAUGACAACAUUAGCACUCCGAAGUCUAAUGCUUCUGUUGAACUUUCCUUAAUGGACAGUCACCCAGAAAAGAAGCCAUUGAUAGGUGGUUCAAGCAAUCAAGCUAAAGGAAAGAAAAGAAGUGGGAGUAACAUUUCUGAUCGUACAUGCGUUGAGCAACCACUAGCUAAAAGAUUAGAACUUCCUGAGGAGGAAACUGGUCAUUGGUUAAGAAAGUCUGGAUUGUUGGGAUCAUUUGAUCUCAACAGCCAAUGCCAGAGUGACAUUGAAUUGGGUCCAAAAGCAAUAGACUUGAACUGCAGGGAAUAGAUCAGCUAAAUGGGCAUGGUUUGGAACCUUUAUCCUUGGUGGCUGUCAGUAAUCUAGUCUAAGCUGCAAACUUGAUUGUUUAGAACCAAUCUUUUGUUCAUAAACUAUGUAUAUUGUUAUAUGUAUCGAACUCCAAGAACUUUUGAAAGAAAUAUUGAUAUCAAAAGAAGGUAUAAUGUAUAUUUUGUAGAUA